ACGCAGACUGUUGCAAAUGGCGCCGGGACAUAAAGGAGUACACUAAGCCGGUGUGUUGAGGGUUGCUGAUGAUGAGCAGACUGGCCCGGUUGCACCCUGGAAGCUCCGCCCUUCAGCCGUGCGUCUCCUCCUCAGCCCUCAUUCAAAACAGAACACAGCUGUUGCGAGGCGCAUCGUCGUGUCCGGAGCGUUAGCUCCAAAGCUGGUAGCUGUCCGCCGUCUUCUCAUGUGCCCGCCGGAGUACCCGAAGAAGGACGAGGGAAAGGGCGCACUUCGACAGCGGGAGCCAGCCUCAGAGAAAGACAGGACCCGAUAGACAGACGGAGGGAGAGAACAAAAGGCUGUCGUCAUUUCUUGCACUAUGCUCAUCUGACACACAUCUUAGGGCCGGGCGGGGUUUGCUGCAGCUGACAAUGAUGAACGGUCUCCUGAGCUAGAGCUAGAUGGUGUGGGAAUGAUGGACCUCCCUAAUGGCCAAUCAAGGGUCACCACCACCGCCGCGACAGUCUCUGAGAAGAGCAGCAGCUCAGAAUCUCUCAGCGAUAAAGGGUCUGAGCUGAAGAAGAGUUUUGAUGCGGUUGUGUUCGAUGUGCUGAAGGUCACUCCUGAAGAAUAUGCCGGCCAGAUUACACUCAUGGAUGCUCCUGUGUUCAAAGCCAUCCAGCCAGAGGAGCUGUCGAGCUGCGGCUGGAACAAGAAGGAGAAGCACAGCUCCGCCCCGAAUGUAGUGGCCUUCACCCGCAGGUUCAACCAGACGAGCUUCUGGGUGGUACGAGAGAUCCUCCACGCGCAGACGCUGAAGAUCAGGGCCGAAGUGCUGAGUCUGUACAUCCGCACUGCCAAGAAACUGUGCGACAUGAACAACCUCCACGCAGUCAUGGCCGUGGUGUCGGCUUUGCAGAGCGCUCCCAUCUUCAGGCUCACCAAAACAUGGGCGUUACUGAGUCGGAAGGACAAGGCGAUGUUUGAUCGGCUCGACUACCUGAUGUCCAAAGAAGACAACUACAAACGUCUGAGAGACUUCAUAAGCAGCCAGAGCAUGGUCUCCUGUAUACCAUACCUAGGGAUGUACCUGUCUGAUCUGACGUACAUAGACUCGGCCUACCCCUCCACGGGCAGCAUCCUGGAGAACGAGCAGAGGUCAAAUCUGAUGAACAACAUCCUCAGAAUCAUAUCAGACCUGCAGAGAUCCUGUACCUACGAUGUACCAGUGUUGCCUCAUGUACAGAAGUAUCUCAACUCAGUCAGAUAUAUCGAGGAGCUUCAGAAGUUUGUGGAGGAUGACAAUUACAAGUUGUCACAGAAGAUUGAGCCAGGCACCAGCACACCUCGAGUAAACGCCUCCAAAGAGGAUCUCGCCGGCCAGGAAGCGUCAGCGUCUCCUCUCUGCGGCCGCAAGUGCACGGUAGCGGCUGAAGGAACCAAAGUCCCGGCCACGCCUCCGUCGCCCAGGAACCUGCUGCCCUACGGACACAGGAAGUGCCACAGCCUGGGCUACAACUUCAUCCAUAAGAUGAAUACAGUCGAGUUCAAAAGUGCUACGUUCCCCAACGCCGGUUCUCGCCAUCUGUUGGACGACAGUGUGAUGGAGAGCCACAGUCCUACCAGGGGACAAGCAGAGAGCUCUACUCUGUCCAGUGGCAUUUCACUUGGGAGCAGCGAGGGCUCCGAGCUCAGUGAGGAGGUCUCUUGGCCAGCUUUUGAGAGGACUCGGUUCUAUCACUCUCUGGGCCCAGUGACCCGUGUGGCCCGCAUCCCCUACAGAGGAGUCUUGAGGCCUAGCAGCUCAGCCGAGUCCGAGGAGCUCGCCGUUCACUUGUACCCCGGAGCGGUCACGGUGCAGGGGGUGCUGAGACGGAAGACUGUGCUCAAGGAGGGCAAGAAACCAACUGUGGCAUCUUGGACCAAAUACUGGGUGGCUCUGUGUGGAACCCAGCUCUACUACUACGCUGCCAAGUCCCUGAAGGCCACCGAGAGAAAACAUUUCAAGUCCACGUCCAGUAAGAGCGUGUGUGUGGUUGGUCUAAUGGCCAUGAUGGCUGAUGAUCCAGAGCAUCCUGAUGUUUUCCUGCUGACUGACUCAGAGCAUGGUAACACCUACAAGUACCAGGCGGGGAACAGAAUGAACGCUCUGCUGUGGUUCAAACAUCUGAGUGCUGCCUGUCAGAGCAAUAGGCAACAGGUGCCAGCCAAUCUGAUGUCAUUUGAGUGACCCGUGCUGGGGAGUGCAACUGAGCGAAGAGGAGAGGAAACAGACGAGGAGGACGGGGAGGAGUGCUGACUGAGUAGUGGGAGCUUUCACUGCCAUGAGCUCUAACCGCCGAUUCUCUGAUUCUAGCCCCUGGCCUCACUGCAGCCUCACCUGCCACCACUGCCUUAACCCUGCGUGUGUGUGUGUGUGAGAGAGUGUGUGUGUGUGUGUGUGUGUGAGAGAGUGUGUGCUCGUGUAAGUGAGUGUGAGUCUGUGUGGAUGAAGGUGACUGUUUUGGAUGUAUUGACUACUGAACAAGGACCUGCACCACUGCUCUCGUCUCCCAUUUGCUCUCAGUGUCUUUUGUUCAGCACUUCCUCCGAGCCCCUGGGCUUCUCCUCUCUCAGUCAGACGGACGGACAGACAGACUGUCCACGGAGGAACAGAAAUAAUCCUCUCCUUUAUUCUUUUUGGCAAGGGGUUGACUGUUUUUGAUUUGCGGCCCCGCCGUACUGGAUACAAAAUUACAAACCGCACACUCACAUCGGACUAACCCGUUGGACUUCUGAGGGUUUGAAAACACCUUUUUACUAACUUGAUUCGCACUCGUUGGUCACUUGCAUCUACUCACAAGAAUAUUUACAUGAACCAUGCACUCACACACACACUCACACACCCACACACACACAAGCCUAUUUGAUUGCAUCGUCGUAAACGUUAAGGGCUCUGAUUUGCAAUCAAUUCCAGCAGAAAUAACUCCCACACUUCCUGAAUGUGUCUAGUUUUUAUUACAGACGUGGCCCCCGUUUUUGUCACACAGUCAGUGUUCUGUUCGUACGUGUGUGUGCGUGUGCGUGUUUGUGAAACUGCAUUGGGUGGUGUGUUUACUUAAAUUAGAGAAAUCUGUGUUCCACAUAGGUACGAUAAACCCAGAAUCUAAGCUAAGACGCGUUCACGGUUAGUUCCACCUUUCCAAACCCGCAUUUCUUUGUUCUCCAGUGUUGUCUGCUCUGCGUCGCCCGACGUCAGCUUAGAGAGUCAACACUCGCUUCAAUCGAGCUCACACACACUAAACACUAAAGACUUGAAACUGUGAAAGAGUCCAAGCGGGAGAGCAACAUGAACUCAUCAUUACGUGAUUUUAUCUCCGCUUCUGCUUGUUGUUUAAAAAGGUUGGAGCCUCUGGUCUGGAGCAGACACUCAAAGCUACCUGGAGCCAUACAGAGUCUAUUUUAAAUCUUGUUUAUGUUGUUUUGUGUUAGUUUCUUUUCCUUUUGUUGGGAGGGAGGGUGCAGUUCACAGUAUUACCAUGUAGUAGAUGAUUGCACGACAAUGUACUAUUUUUUUGUCUGUUACAUUUGAAUGUUACGUUUUUGUUUCUUCCCCUUUUUUUGGAGCAUUUAUUUUGAGUAUUUUAUGUACUUGUGAAUUUUAUUUCAUCUUUCCUGUCUUUCUUUCAUUUUUCUUUUUUUUUUUAUUGCCCCUUUUCCUGUUAACCAGGACUCGGCUUGAAUUCAGGCCCUGACUUAUGUUGCAUAUGAUUUGGAAAUAGCUUCAGCACCGUGGCUAUAAUUAGUGCCAAGUGACAUUAGCGUCACUGUUUUUCGAGUUGACAAAAGCUUAGGUAGGCGAGAGAGCAGCAGUGUGAUGAGGAGCUGGUGUGUUUCAGUGGAGAAAACCUGUGAUCUUCAGUUUCCACAGAUGGACUGUUGCUGUUUGUUUUUGUGAAAACAUGAGCAGGAUGAUAGUGAAGAUGAUGAUGUGGUGAUUUUUGCCCUGUAAUCAAACAUCAAUUCAAAUUAUAAUGAUUUUUUUUAAAUCGCUGUUUACACCGUAUGUUUACACAAUCUUUUGCCCAGUAGCACAAUCCCUUCACUGGUCCAUAUGUACUGUGUUUACUAGUGUUAUUAGAUAUAUCAGAGCUAGUUUCAGACUGUUGUCUGCUCCACCGUCUGUCCUCGUCUCCAGGCUAAUGUCCACUUCACAGAGACACACUGAUGCAUUAAAUACUUUCAUCAUCAACAUUGUACAAUCUAACCAUUCAGCUUAGCUAGUUAGUUUAUGUCACGCAAACAUCAACCCAACUCCGUGCCCUCAUGACGUAGUGAGACGUGGUGGCGGAUGAACCUGUGGAAGAAUGAGUGAGGAAGCCAAAGACGGGCCUAUGAAAUUUAACGGUCGCCGCACGUGUCUGUGCGCCCGUGCAUACGUCUCUAUUUUUUUAAAACGUCGUAAUUGAAGACAGAUAAAGCAAUCUCUUGAGGCUGCCGUCUGCUGCUGAGCAGCGGGGAUUAACCAGCUACCUAAUCUCAUCUGUGCGACUGACUGCCAGCUCUCGCUGCGUUUCCACAGUGCAAGAAAUGUGAGGACUCGUGGGCAGAUAGGAUGUGGAAACUGAACUGUGUCCGCCGCGGCUGUUUAAUCGAGCAGAUGCUGUUUGCACCAACAAAAAUUGUGGAGGCUGACGGCUCUUUGACUUGUGCUGGUUGGUCAGAGAGGGCUAUGAAUGAAUUCACCGGGAAAAACGGAGCUCAGUGUGUGGUUGAGAGACUGUUUGCCCGAUGCCGACGACUACUCUCUUAACUGACAGUUAACCUGCUGUUCUUUGCAAUAUAUUGACUUGGUGUGUGCAGCUAAGCGAGGAUAAAAGCAUCGGGAUGUGUUCGAGGGACUGUGGACACGCGGAGCUGAGGUGGUGGAGUCGUCAUUGCCAUCACGCUUCCUGUUUUUGUAUUUGCUUUAUCUAAUGUUUUUUGAUGGAAAUGAAAGAAAAAGACGGUUGAAACGGAAACCAAGGCCGGAUGUGGAUACAAGUUUUAAACCUAACCGUGGCAGAUAAGUAAAUAUUGUUUGAGGGUGGCGUCAUUCGUUUGAGUUUAAUGGUAUUUUCUUCUCAGAAACAACCCACAUCAUGUUCAUAGCUUUUUGUGAGGCUUUCCUCGCUGUAACCUGAGUUUACAUGGUUUUCCUCCUUUUUUUUUUUUUUUUUAACCAUUUCUGUACACUGUAUGGUCAAAAUAAUGGAAACACCUGUUUAAUUUGAGUAAUUUCUUGGACUUCAAAGCCGAUCAUCUGUUUUUGGAUGAGAGUAGAAAUUAAAAUAAGCUUUGGCUGAAAAGAAGAAAGUUCCCUUCUCUGCAUUAGUCACAUGUUGUUUCCUUUAAACUGACCAUAUUGUCUGCAAAUGCACAAUUUGCCCUGUAUUAACAGUUUCGAUUGAAUCGCCUCCUGAGUUCAGUCUUUUUAACGGUCAGGCAAAAAAUGUUUAACAGUCGACAUGAAGGGUUCAGCCGGAGGAAGUGUUACUCUUUGAUUCGAUGGACCAGUGGAACCAAUGUGAAUCUUUUGCCUCCAGCGCAGCAGUCAUUCACUGUUUACCAAGGACAGCAACGGUGACUUUCAUUCAGGUCAUCCACGUUGGAGUGAGGGGUGUAUAGAUGGCCUUUGACCUUCACCCUUUACCUGGUGUUGUGUGUGCGUGUGUGUGUGCGUGCGCGUCUAUGUCACGACCGUGGCGAGCGCUGUGACCUCACCUGUGAGUGAUGCGCUGCCUAGUGUGAAGACUGAGAACCAAUAAACACUCUGCCCUUUUUUACUCCACA